AUGGCGUUCCGGCGGCUCUUCACCGUCUCGGCGGCCGCGGCCUGCGGCUUGGCGGGCGGCUCGGUCCUCUUCUCCGCCGUGGCGCUCGGGAAGCAGCCGCCGCCUCCGCAGAGGGCGGAGAAGGCCGGCGGGGACGCCCCGGAGCCCCUCGCAGCCUCGCUACCGCCGCCGCCGGGGCUGCUGCUGCUGCCGUCGCCGACCGCCGCCUCGGCCGCCCCCGCCUGGCUGGAGAAGGCCAACGGCUGCGGCUUCUGGGACAACAACUGGGACCGGAGAGAACCUUUGGCUCUCAUGAACCUGAAGAAGAAAAACGAAGAGACCGGUGAACAGGAGGCGUCUUCUCGCUUAGCCCACUAUAAAACAAAAGCUACCCGGCAUAUAUUCCUCAUACGCCAUUCUCAGUACAAUCUGGAUGGGCAACAGGAUAAGGACAGAAUCUUAACGAAGCUGGGCCGUGAGCAAGCUGAGCUGACCGGAAUGAGACUCGCAAGUCUGGGGCUGAAAUUUGAUAAAAUUGUCUAUUCUUCAAUGGCCAGAGCAACGGAAACAACCAACAUUAUUAGCAAACAUCUUCCUGGGGUGACCAGGCUGAGCACGGACCUCCUGCGCGAAGGAGCCCCAAUUGAACCAAACCCUCCCAGCUCUCACUGGAAGCCUGAAGCUGUGCAGUAUUACGAAGAUGGCGCUCGCAUCGAGGCCGCCUUCCGAAACUACAUUCACAGAGCUGAUAUCAAGCAGGAGGACGACAGCUACGAAAUCUUCAUCUGCCACGCAAACGUGAUUCGCUAUAUUGUCUGCAGAGCGUUGCAAUUUCCUCCGGAAGGUUGGCUUCGGAUAUCCCUCAACAACGGCAGCAUCACCCACCUGGUGAUCCGCCCCAAUGGCAGAGUGGCCCUUCGCCUGCUGGGCGACACGGGGUUUAUGCCGCCGGAGAAGAUCACCCGCAACUGACUCACGUAAACAGGGAGGAUCUCCAACCAAGAGGACAGAGCUGUUUCCAGACGCGGCCAGCCCUUUCCCUGAAAAGCUGCAGGCUCC